AUGGUCAAAAAAGAAGAGGAUGGUGAAGGGACGGGUGAAGAAGUGAGACCAUUGGAGAGAUUGUUGCGAGUCGCCGAUUUGUUGAGAUACGAGGACAAGUUCCGAAACGUGCUCAAGCUCCGUCACGCCGGUGAUCUGCAAUAUGUUGAUGAAGUGGAUUUGAGUGGAAUCGGAAUGAGCCGCCCCGAGCAGAAACGCCUCCGCCAAGAGUACCAGAAAAUGUUCCCGAAAAUUGGGGUUUUUGGGAAAUUGAAAAAAGCUUUCACCAAAAACGAGAACGGCACCGGGGCAUCGAAUUUUCGAGAUGACGCGAAAAACGAGCAACAUGUGAUUCCAUUGGAAAAGAUAACACUUACAAAAGAGCUCGGGAAAGGUGAGUUCGGUGCUGUCUGGCAAGCCUCGUGGAAUAAUGGGCCGGCGGAAAAGGACACGGUACAGGUGGCUGUCAAAGUGAUCUCGACGGGGAAAUUGGUCAACUGUACGACGAGCUUUCUCUCGGAGGCUGCUAUUAUGACAAGAAUGCGCCACGAGAACGUCGUUCAACUCUACGGUGUUGUGCUGGACACAAAACAAGUGAUGCUCGUGUCAGAGUUGGCCACUUGUGGAUCAUUGCUUGAAUGUCUUCACAAACCGGCUCUCCGUGACUCUUUUCCAGUCGAUGUGUUGUGCGAUUACGCAUUCCAAAUCGCGAGCGGAAUGGCCUACCUGGAGUCGCAACGGCUUAUUCACAGAGAUCUAGCCGCCCGGAAUGUCCUCGUUUUUGGCCCAAAGAAGGUGAAAAUCUCAGAUUUCGGGCUCUCACGAUCUCUCGGAGUCGGAGAGGAUUACUAUCGGAGUGAAUUCUCGCCGACUUUAAAGUUGCCGAUCGCUUGGUGUGCUCCUGAAUGUAUCAAUUUCCUCAAGUUCACCUCAGCGUCCGACGUUUGGUCGUACGGAGUAACCACUUGGGAGAUGUUCACAUACGGAAAAAUGCCAUGGCAAGGACUCAAUGGAGCUGAGAUUCUAAACGCAGUGGAUCGUCAGCAGAAACAUUUGGACCGUCCUUCCUGUUGUCCCGAUGAUAUGUGGGAUUUGAUGAAAGAUUGUUGGCAUCACACCCCGGAAAGAAGGCUCACUUUUAAGCAAAUUGUGGACGGUUUCCCGGAUCGAAUCCCGCAAAUGGUGAAAGCGAUUCGUGAUUGUCGAGAUCAAGCCGAUGAUCAUUUGCAGUUCAAAAAAGACGAUUUGAUCAUCGUUUUGUGUAGAAGACCAACCGCCUAUCCAGACGGCUUCUACUGGCUAGGUUCGAUGAAAAAUGGGAAAGUCGGACUCUUUCGGCCAAUUGAUACGGUGGCCCACCUUGGCGCUGAGUGCCCUGCUACUGUGAAAAUCUCAACCUCAGCACCACAAAAUGGAAAAGAGACAAAGGAUAAGCGUUUACUUUUGAUGAGCCAGUCUUUUGAUGAGACGAACAUGCGAAAAAUGCUCAAAAAAGAAUGGAAAGAAAGCGAUCGAGAGUCGAAGAAAUUGCUCAUCUCGGAGCCACAAGGCGAUCUAAGGCACAUGUGUCAUGUGGGAAUUGAUGGAACAGCGAUUGGACUAUUACAGAUCGACAAGAAAGAUCUUGUCAAGGGUACGCCCGUCCAAUCGAACUCGAUCUCUCCCGGGACAACGAUCCGAUCGAUCACUCCAUCAACCACAAAUCAAACCGGUUCUGAAGGAUCUUCGUCGAUUGGAAGCCCGGCAACAGUAUCAAGAAAUGAUCGGGUCACGUUCAGAGAUCGCCAUACUGUAAUUUCUGUACCCGGCUCGCGCGCGCCAAGUCAACCGGGAAUGAUUGUGACGACAAGGGGAAGUGUUGAGCCGAGUGCACCACCGUUAUCGGUGCCCAACUCGUUGACUCGAACCGAAGUGGCGCAACUAAACGAGAAACUCCUCGACGAGUCGCUCUAUGUUUUGAAUGGAUCCAUAGACUCACUGACAAACUCGAUGCACCGAAGUAGUCACUCGGCGAACUUCGGCAGUGACGAGUUCUUACAACCGAGAAGAUCUCCAAACCGGCAACCACCCAUUUGCGCCGUUUACGCGAGAACCCCAGAAAAUGCCGCAGUGUCUCAUCCAUCAACAUCGGAUCGAAUCUUAAUGGAUGAAGUGGCCCAUUUGGAUCGUGAUUUGACCGAUUUCUCUCUGGCUUCACUCGGUGGAUCCGAUUACUCUGAUACAAGGCCUUUGAUUCCAGUUUCCCCCACACAAACCCUCGAGAUCAAAAGGAGUAGUGGAAGCGAUUUGGGGCACUCUUGCUCAUCCUCUCCACCAACUGUUCGUUUGAUGAGUGAAGAGGAAAUCGCUCGAUGGCACGAUAAAGAAAGUAAACAACACAAUAAGAUUGAUAAGAAAUUGGAGGAAACGAAUCGGAGAAGCAGCGCUGAACAAAAGGAUGUGCAAGGGACGGCGAAUGGAACCGCUAGUCGAUCAAAUCCACCCGAUUGGUCUCCCGAAGCGCAAGAGGCUUACAAGCUGCUCGUUGAAUGUGGCGAUACCCUACAAAAAGAAGCUAAAGCUGCCUCAAUAUCCCCACGAAAUCGCCCUUCAAGUGCCCCGAAUAGCUCCCGAAGCUCCACUGAUGAGCGUCCAAUCGCUAAAAUCAACGCAACUCGUGUCUCUUGUGAUUCAACCACCUCUACACUGAAUUCAGCUCAUGUAAGAGCUAUUAUUCCAGUGAAACAUGAGGGAUCAACUUUCAUUGCUCGACCAGCUUUACCUCCAAAGUCUUAUGUGAACACGGAAGCGAUCAAACCACCCGAGCUUCCACCAAAAAAGACCAACAAAGUCUCACCAGCAGCCGCUGCUGAUUCAGGAUACGAUAACUUGAAUGGAAUCAAUCAAUCUCAAGAGUUGAAGAACAACAACAACAAGUUACCACCGCCGGUUCCACCAAAACCGAAAACCCGAACGAAUCCCCCGUCAACAAGCUCAUCGAUUGAUCACUCAAAAAAGGGUUUUGCACCGAUAAUUGCCCGUUCUUCGCUUUUCAAUGGGACAAAAAUUGAAGAAAUCAUCAAAUAC